CGUUUUUGUCUUGACUUGCCCAGCUCUGCAUGGAAAACGACUCUACUUAGAUCUUUAAUAUCAUUUCUCUGUAUUAAAAGAAUGCACUUUUAAAAUGACUUAAGAGACAGACAAAAUUAGUAGUCGGAAGAAGAUCGGUAAAACCUUUUCCCAAGUCAAGUCUGACUUGAGUUGUCCAGCUCCGGUACCACGUUCAUUGAAGCCUAAGAAAAUACACGUAUCAAUUUCGCAUAAAUAAUUCCAAUUAAAUAUUGAAUUUUUCUGCAUGAAUUGUAGAGAUUAAAUGGAAAAAUCUGUCUGUAAUAUACUUGCGGUUACUAUCGAUAUACAGUCCGCAAGGGUGAGCUUUACAAAACUACAUAAAAUCGGCUAGCUAAGAAUCAUACUUACAAAAGGUCUGAUUGAGGAAAUUAAGAGGUAGCCGAAAUAUGAUCAUCAAGUUUGUACGAAAUCCUUUUUGCUAGGGUUUAAUAUGAAACCCGUUCUACGAAACCUUUUUGUCAAUAAAAACAAUAGAGGUUUCGUAGCUGAACGCCGGAACCUAGGUUCGUACGAAACUUAAAAGGGUAUAGAAAUGGUUGCAAUUCUCUAUACCCUUUUAGGUUUCGUAAUAAACCAUUUUUUUUAGAGAGUAGUUAUAGUAUUAAGUGGUUUUUUCAAGGAUCAUGGGUAUAUUGCGUUUCGGAAAAAUUAAUAGUUGUUAAUCAUGCAACUGAAACAGUGGAAUUAUCAGUACCACCAGUAAUGGCACAACCAAUUCCUGUCAUAGCACCAACAUUACAAAAUACAGAAGACACACCUAUGGAUUUGGGCGAACUGCCGGUAGGGGACCGGGUUUUUUCCGGCCCCACGGACAUGCCAUAG